ACCUUUUUUAUUAAAUUCCUUCCAGGUAUGCACUACAUAUAUUAGGAGUCUGAACAAACAUGGAUGAAAACUGCAACUUGACUGGUUGGCAGAGGCAUACAGCCAUGGGGCAGUUUUUUCUAGUUAGUAAAUUGAUACCCAGAUGCCUGGUAUCAAGCCUCCACACACAGGAAGAUUGGACGCAAUAUGUAAAACAGGAAAACUCCAGUACUUAGACAUGUUUACUUGGCUCUGCAUGUGUUUUUUUAACAUAAGCCAUGGACAGGUCCCUCCUCCAUCAUCCCAUGUUUGAUUUGAAUAGCUAAAGUGCAGUAUGGUCCCGUUAUAUUUUGGGGCUGCAUUGGAGCAUGAGUGAGGCAAAUGACAUGCAUUUUGUAUUUGUAAUACUAUGCUAAUAAUCAUAUUCUCUUGCCUUGAGUGGUGCAUAUUCUAACCUUAUAUGAUAAGUAAUGCAAAUGUAGCAACCUCUGCAAAUGCCAGAGAAAAUGAAGUAGAAGGCAGAGAGCAAGGGCGCAAAGGAGUAGAGAGGGGAGAAUGAGAGAGCAGGAGCUAGCAUAACUAACUGAUUGUUGUGCUGUCAAAUUGAUUUGCAUGAAAAAGGCCUGUCUAAUUGCAACACUUAGCUGCAACAUACUGAUAAUACAGAGCAGGAUUAUAAAAGGACAUGGAGGAGAUUUUAUUAAGAAGGAUUUCCUGAGUGUCUUUGAGAGAUGCACCACUACCUUCUGUUUCUGUGGGGGCCAUUCAAACCAGUGUGUCCAUCACCUUUCUGACAUGACAUAUCCAUCAUGCAGAUGCAUAUACAUUGCUGUCUCAGCACCCAUUACCAUAUAAAUCAUUUCAAUGUUUUAAGAUAACUUGCAUUUGAACCUAAUAAGUGUGGAGAAAAAGAGAAACGGUAUAGAAACUCCAUGCACCUUAGAUGCUGACUUUUGGCACUGAAGUAUAUAAGGUGGUGAAAUAAAGAGUACUCUCAGUCCUAAGGUCUGAUUUUUACUGGAGAUUGUCAUACAUAAUAUACUCAAAACAUGGUGAAACUGAUAAAUUAUUAGAUCAUUCAACUGACUUAAAUUAAUUGAAUAUUACAUCAUGUUAGUGCAUACGGUUCAGUAUGUAAACACAGUACUAAUAUUGUGUCAGUUCAGCAAUAGGAUUUCAAUUGAACAAAAAGACGUCCAUGGCACUAUUGUACUAUUGUAUUUUUUUUAUUCCAUUGAUCUUCCUUCCUCCCUCCCUCCCUUCCUUCAAAUUUGAUUCUGGGGGACAUGACAUCAACACUGAUGUCAAAUGAAAAUGAAUGCACUGACAAUCAGUGAAAAGCAAAUGUCAAAAAAGCAGAAGCCCUAAAUGUAUAAUUUAAACCAUUUAAAAGCCAUAAUAACUGACUAUAUAUUUUUAGUAGAAAAAAGAACAAAAGAUAGCAGGUCUGCCAUCACAUUGACCUGUUCUGAGAGAUUAUAAAAUGUUACCUGCUUUGACAGGGUGUGGAAAAGCACAAAGUUGGUGGCUUAGCACAGGGAUUCCUGAUGCUGCCAAAGGCAGUUCUUCCCUUUAUUUCUUUUCUAUAAUAAUAAAUGAUGGAUGUUUUAAAUUACGAAACAGUGCUGGGAAAAUCCAAUUUACUUCUGUAUCAAAGGCCCUUUUUUUUUAGCAUUAAUAUUUGCGGUGGGGCCACUACUAAAUGAUGUAAUGUGCCAUGUGAUAAUGGGUCUUAUGUGCGUUUAACAAAUCAUUGAGUUCCUACCUGUAAAUGCAUCUGCAAGGAGCUGUUGGUUGUCUUUCCUUGCUAGACAUUGAUUUAGACCCUAUUCAUAAUCAAGUAUGUGUUUGUUUUUUACGUCAGUUUAUUUGUAUUUUGCACAUGUGUGGAUAAAGAUAGGAGUAGAAAGUGCUUCAUUAGCAAAAUUGUUCUGUUCCAUUUUAGGUUCCAUUUCAGUGACCCAUUCCAGUGAGCAAGCAAGCACAAUAGUGGGGCCUUGAAACUGACACAACUGAAUGAAAUGAAGCCAUUAGUAAUGUAAUUAGCUACACUUUUGUUUGGCCAACAGUCAACAGGUCCUCCGUGAGAAAAAUACAUUGAUGUGUAGUGACAAAACCCACUUAGAUAAUAUCAAUACAUACAGUAAAUGAUUAUCUAUUAAUUGAUCAAAAAAUAAAUAUUAUGGUUAUUUUGGCUAGAAAAUCUCUUGGGGCUAGGGUUUUCAUGUGAUGUACUGUACAUUGUCUUGCUGCCAUAAUUGAGGUCUACAGCUCUUGAGAACAACAUAUGAGAACAGGUUAUGGACUUUGCUGCUGCAAAAGUAUCAAAUAGACAUAUAAUACGGCAUACUGCAUUUAAAUGGAACUUGCAAGCAUACACACAUUAUGCUUGCUGUUCAGGUGCUUUAAGUUGUGUCAACACUGUUGUAAGCUGUCUGACAACAGAAAAGUAUGUUUCCAUGUUCCAUUUUCAAAAAAAGCAUGAUUUGGGGUUUAUUUAUUAUUUCAGCAUCAAGUUUAGGAAUAACAAGUGAGUUGUUAAAAAAAAUGCAGGCUGCAACAUUUUUUUAAAUAUUGGCGUAUAUCACAACUCAACCAAUUUUGUUGAUUACAAGCUAGACAGUGUAGUAUGUCAAAAAUCCAUAUUUCCAUUCACUUUUAGCUAGAAUACUACUUCCACAUUACAAUGUGAUUUUUUUUUUUUUUGGAUACCUAUCCCUAUCAGCUCUGAUUGUAGCAAUUAUUUGUGUGCAGCCAGUUCUACAAAGGGCCUCAAUAACUGACCAAGCUGUAGCUGCUAGGAAAUAUGUGGUCCAACUGAAAAGCCUCUUUCUUUGUUGAAUUUUUUUUUUUCAUUGUGUAUUGAAAUGUAGCCUAAUUGUUUUGAUUCAGUCAUGAUUUUGACAGUUUAAGAGGAUUUCAUUAAUGUGAUUGGUGCUUCCAACUCUGAGCAGCUCUCAGCAUUCCUUCAAUUUUAUGUUCUGCUCAUUUUAAAGAUAUAACUAUGACGAAUUUCAAAUACAUCUAUAACCACGCAGUUAAAAUGAACAGUUUUGGUGCCAUAAUACUUAGCCAGGUGUUAGGAAUAUUAAGGUAUUUAUUUUAUCCCUCCAUUAGGUACAACUUAUUCUGUUUAAUACAAUAUAUCAUAUAAGUAUAUAUGAGUGUCACAGUUAUAUAUUAUAACACAAAUGCUCGUUCAAAGUGGCCUCCAGGGACAUCAAUGUUUCCUGUCACUUCUGUACAUCAGAGAGCCCUUUCUUCCCAACUAGAAGACAGCUAGUUUAUUUCAAGAGUGUUUAGAUGUAUCUGUUUACUCUUUCUUAUCUCAUUUCCUUGUUUCUGUCUUCUGGAUGUUUGUCUUGUUAAUUUCUCUCAUUCUCUGCUCACCACAACUUCAAUCACAGUAGAUCCUGGUACAUAUGUCUCUGUGGUGUCCGAGUCUACAUCGCUCUUAUGUGCCACUUUUUGUAAUGCUCUUCUCUACUGCCCUUGACACAGUGUUUUCUGUUUUUCAUCGAGUUCAUAUUUAAGUUCAUACUUACAGCUGUCUCUGCCACAUCACCACUAUAUUCUGCCAAGUGUCGUCAGAGUGGGCAAAUAAUUGCCCCAAUAUGAUCACACCUCAUGCUGGUGCUAAAAAGGUAUAUCAAAACAUUGGCCUUGCCUAUUUUUCCUUGGUUUAGCAUGUUACUUUUAAAUGUAAUUAUAUUAAGUGAGAUAACUUAUCUAAGUAUAGAGUCUGAUAAAUUGAGUGUAAAAGUUUUUGACACAUUCAGUAUUCCUUAAUUCUCUCCUUACAGUAAUUCCAUCCAUCAAUCUCUCAUCCCCUUUGUCCCCCAUUGUACAACAGGUCAAAGGUAUUUGUUGGUUAAAUGCUGCUUAUUGUAACUGAUCAUUGGUGUCAUAUUCAAAGUGGCAUGAAGCUCACUCGUUCUUACUGUAUUUACAGUCUGCUGCUCUAUAACCCAGUCUUACAUAAUUGUAUCUUUAACCCAUUUUAUGUCUUACCCAUCAUCCCUCUCUCUAUUGUACCUUGUUCUUAUUCCUCCCCCUUUUCUUGUCUGUCUGAUCCUGCACAUCUUCUUCACUGUGACUAGUGUGAUGGUAGGCAGGCAAGAGCAUAGUGCUCUUAACAAAGCCAACAUUACCAAAGAUCUUUGGCUGUGGGAUGUCUGGCUUUUUAGUUCAUGCAGAGAUUGGCUAAUAUUCCUGUCCACCACGAUGAGAAAUAUAAGGAGAAAUAGGCAUUUCAUUUUAAUGAACCUUUUCCUCAGAGUCGACACACAAGAAAAAGGCAAAUCUAUAUAAAAAGUUCUAAGAAGUAAAAGGCAUAAAAGGCUGUUUGCUCUAAAAAGCACAUUUCCUCCUUUUGUUCUAGCCGUGAUCGAGGUAAUUCUCCAGAUUUCCACUGAAAACAUUGCUUAAUGUCUUUGGCUUGUGGGAAUAAAAAUGAAAAUGAGCCUCAAGGUCCUUAUUACAAGCCUCUCGUGUCAAUCAUUUUCAAACAAAGCUGCUUUUGCAAACAACGCAAAGACACUGCAUUAGAACCAUGCAAACUUACAGUCUACUCAGACUGACUCAGUUUUUUGUGAAGUUACAGGAGCAGGAUGUUUGAUUGUGUUGUCACAGCUAGCUUGAACAUGACCACAGUUGUGAGGAUUGUUUUUUCCCCCAAUUUUGGUAUUUGGCCUCCCUCUGUAUUGCAUUUUUAUGUGUGCACAUUUGUUUUUUUCAUUUAAAUGGCAUGUUUUGAAAGAUUGGGAAUGGACAGUGGACAGCUCCAUGCAGAAAUUGUUUGCUCUAUUUAUACCAAGAUUUUGUAUCAAUGAGUUGACUAAUGCCUACAGUACUUAAACAGCUACUGAUGCAUGUCCUCUUGCUUCACAUAUCCAAAGUUGGCUCCUUCUUUUGAGCAGUCAUAACCUUAGCGGGAGGAUUUGCCAAAAAGUCUUGAAGAAAUGUCUUUUUCAGUCCAAUUAAGUCUGUCAUUGCCCUUUAGCAGUAAAGUGUGGAGGCAGCAGAAUUUUUCCACAGCCAGCAGAGGUCAUGUUCAUGUGUGCUUGCCUAGCUCUAUUCUUAUGAGUGCUUCGUGCCUUUUUCUCAUCACAUUCACAGCCUCAGCUCCUUUGAGUGGGUGGGACAGGGGAGAUUUCAACCAGACAGGUUGUCUCCUCACAGUACUGUAAAUUGUGAGUAACACGUAAUUUCUAGAGGUUUUCAGUGUCACAGGCUCAUAGUGUUUCAGCAUGACUUUAGUAUUAUUAGAAUAGUAUCGCAUAUGUGACAGGGUAAGUAAGUACUGUAGCUGUCUAUCCAACAUGCUGAGCUCUGGGAGAUCAUCUUGGCAGCAUAGUGUAUCAGGACAAUGCUAUCAAAGCAGAGAGAGCCAGGGGAGUAAUAGGGGUGAGCCAAGUAAAAUCAGCAUAUUCUAUUAUACCCUUUUAACACCAAAAUUAGUGCAUACACACAGGUUAUUUAAACCCGAGUAAACCGCUAAAAAUAGGCGAUUAACUCCUUUCCCAUUGCCCAUUGUUUUUUUUCUGAUGUGUCACGUUCAACGUCACAAACGCACCGGAAAACAGUGUUCGUAAACAGUAGAAAGCAGCAUGGAGGCCAGUGACAGGAACCGUAUUUCCAUAACGUAUUUUAAUGCAUGAUGUAUCACAUUAGAAAAUGUUAAUGGAAACUUCUGAAAUUCGCAUCAAAGUUUAAAUGCUCGCGUGAGGUGGGUUUUGCCUUUUUUUCGAAAAAGAGUUAAUGCACAUAAUGGGAGAUGGAAACACUUUUGCCGAAUAAGUUUAGAUACAGCUAACAUUGAACUUGCAUGACUGAUCAGUUGUUUCUGCUCCGAGAGGAGGAGAAGAAGAAGAAGAAGCUGUUUCUGCUGUUGACGUCUUAGAAUAAUUUCAAAUCCCUGAAGACCUCUCCAUUUUCCCCUCGUAGAUGGCCAAGGCGACUGGUUUUGUUUCUUCUUGUUCUUUGAGGUUUAUUAGUGGUUGACAAACAACUGGUUUCGUUUCCUGUUCGCAACCUCUACUUCUCCUACUCUGUUUAUUACAGCCAUGUGUAACAUAGCCUAUACCGCCAAUUUCUGCAGGAUGACGAAAGUAGAUUAGAUUAUUCGCUCCAAACCAGUUAAUGGAAACAUGCCUAAUUUGCAUUUUCUUUAUUUUUCUUUAUUGUGACAUUUCAAAAGUUUGCUUCAAAUUUGCUUUACAAUUAAUGGAAAUACAACUAAUGUUACGGUGGUAACAUUAACAUUAGUAACCUGUAUCCUUAUUUCCUCUUCCACCCGAAUCAGGAGAAGCUCUCUCACCUUACUGUCUUGCCAGUGUUGCAUCUUGCACGAUACAAAGAAAAAAAUCGCCAUUGUAUGUUGUUCCCAUAAACUGUUACUAAUUAUGUGCCAAUGUCAGGUACUUCAACGCGCGUCAAAGCAUAGUGCCAGAAAAGGCGGGGGAAUUAGUGUGUCCACCCAGGUGUCUUGUUUCCAUCACUGCCAAUCGGAGCUGGAGCCGAUAAAUACCCAUGACUACUGCAGAGUCAUUUGACCCGGGAAUGACUGACAAUUGUUCCCUUUUCCACUGAAGACAAAAGCCAGAUGUUUGUGGGUGUUAGUGGGUUUUUUGUCCAGUGUGAAAGUGGCUUUAGAGACACAUUAAUGGGUAGAAGAAAACUGGGGUUAAAGAGGUAGGAAAGGAGGGAUGAUAAUGACAAGGUGAUGAAAACUACAGCAGAAGUGGACUCAAAGGAGCAGUUUACUCCAAACUAAAUAAACUUUACCAGGUAUGCACAUUCAAAAGGGUAGUUUUAUGACCAAAACAUUUGGCUUUGAUCAUUGUACACACAGAAUGUACAGAGGGUGGUUAGCCAAACAUGUCAAACUUUUUCAUACAUGCAGUUUCAUUCGCUGUACCUCUGCUGCAACCCUCUGCAUCUGGUAAACAGUGUCAUGUGACUGGUUGAGUUUUUUACAUGUCAUUUGGGCUAUGUGAUUUGGUUUUCCUGUUGUAUCUCCUACCUCUGGCUUGGUUGACAACAUUUGCUUGCAGCACCUUGUAACAGCAGUUCAGCAAAUGGACACCCGAAAUGGGAUUUAUUUAAAGAUGCUGCAGAUCUUUCUGUGAUUUAAUACAGUUACAUUCUUGUUUUCCAACAAUAUAAACUUCACUUGUAUAUCCUCAAUUUUGAAGCUGAUUAGUAUUAGCUUUCUCUUUAUAUUAGAUUUGUGUGGUUCAGAUAUGGUAAAAAGUGUCAUUAAUGUGGCAAUAUGACACAUUUUGAUCAACAAAAUGGAUCGUUACUAUAGAGCUUACUAUAUAUUUCUUCAUAUAAAACUCAAUGUAAAAGAAACCAUUUGAAAUCUCUUAUGGGAACCCUGAGCAGAGCUAAUUUCGAGUUUGUCUAUCAAAAGAAGCCAUCACCUGACGUUACCAAGGCAAAGAUAUCAACUGGACCAGGCUUGAAGUGGCUCAAAUGUAAAGUAGCAUGCUUUAUAAGUUGCUCCUUUUAACGCAAAGCAGCCACUAAAACUAUUAAAGUGUGUGUGGUGGGUGAUGAUAUAGUCUGUGUUACAAAGGGGUGUAAGAGUGGUGGUGUUAACUGUCUGCUGGCGUAAUGAGAGAGUGAGCUGUCAGAGACACGCAUGUAAUGGCUCCCUUGCCAGCCGCCCAGUUCAGGCCCUGUGGGACACAGCAUAGACAUACCAUUUCUUUCACACUGUCAUCUCCUGCACCCCCUCCCCACACUUCCUUUCCCUUUCUCCUUUGUUAAACUCUGACCUGGACAGGGACCAUGGCAGGCCUCUCAUAUCUUUUGUCUCUUUGUAUUGCACAGAUAGUAAACCGUACACAUGCUAACAAUCACAUACACACAUACAGAAUCUCACUAAGCAUGCAGGACUCAGAAGGGGCAUUUAGUCACUAUAUCCCAUAGGAUUGGGAACCCUACUAUAUUCAGGAUACAGUGGGUUUCUCAUGGGCAGUCAAGUCUACCCUCACUGAAACAGGCAAACAGGCAGCAGCUUCUCAAAAGACCAGGCAGGAUAGUUACACUGUGAUGGUACAUCUUUAUCUCUCUGACAGCCAUAGUAUGCUUUAAUGACUGCUCUGUUCAAGGAGUGAGCUCACAGUCAACUUCCUACUGACAUGUCCUUCAAGUGCAAGGUUAUUUUACUCUUGCAUUUUCAGUGAAAAAAAGAAGGCGGUGCAGCUUUGACCCUAAUUUGUGAUAUUGGUAAAAAAAAAACGGGGCUACUAAAUAUUCCUAGUUAUAUAGUGUUCUUGGCUGAAAGUUGUUGCUAAUGUGCAGUGCCAUUUUCACCUAUAGUGUCAAAGAUAGGAUUUUACAAAUUCACUCGAUGGCUCAGCUUCCUCCUUCUCCUCUUUCCCUCUGCUCCCAGCCAAUCUAUAAGCAUUCAUCGCUGGAGGCUUGCCGUUAUGACAGUUCUUUCAUCAGCCAUUACUGCUGGUGUUAAUGGCAUCCUCAUGCUGACUUUAAAGCCUGAUUAUCAUAUUGUGGAGGUUGAUUGACAGUUGACCUUCACACUAGUUUAUGAAGAGCCGGCUAGAUACAGUGGGUCUCCUCAAUUGCCUCAGUGGCAGCGUAUUAAUACUAAUCUGAAAGAAUUACCAGGAACCAAUUAAUCUGCAGACCCUAGACAAGACAGUGGUUAAAGAGAUAGUGCUGCUUCACAGCUUGGCUUCAAUAUAGUCACUAAAUGGACAGUGCUGCAUGCUCAGUGAGAUUCUCAGUGUGUAUGUAUGUGUUUGUUGGUAUUUGUACUAUUUACUUAGCCGAGGCAGUCCACGCUCAUAGGUGCAUGGAUUUCACUACAAGUAUGGUUCAUUCCUACCAACUCCAUGCCUGUGUGAUAAGCCAAAAAAUGAGGUGUCACGCCUGGAACAAAUGCUUAGGUGAGGUUACACUGACCCAGCAUGGUAUACAGCUGACUUAUUAGUGCAAGAAAUGAGGCGAGGCAGAAAAACUGUCUGUGUGAACUAUGAUGCAUAAUACAGAGGGCCUGCAUGCACAUUUAUAUCAGCACUCUGCAUAAUGUCUCCAUCUUAUGGCUCAGAAAUACACAGAGACCUCAUUGGUGCUGCUUAACCUUACCUGUGCUUCACCAUGGUUACUUGCACAUUCCCUCAUACAGGGAGGGAUCUCCCCUAACUCUGGUCUCACCAACGUCAGCUCCCCUGGCCCUGGCUGCCAGCCUCUUUCCCACACUCCACCACUCUUGCACACUAACACUCCUCCAUAGAAACGCAUGGUGGAGGUGUGUGAUGCCAAACGAGUUACUCGUUACCUCCCUCCCACUCGGGUGGUAGAAGCUUUUGGAAGAACUACAGCGACAUCUGCAUGUGCCAUGGUUACAAAGCGCCAGCCUAAUACCACCCAUUUCACUAGGCUUCCCCUGCCAGCCUGCUCCCCAUCUGUACUGCCCCUCCUCCUGGCACCUGCGGCAAUCAUUUCUCAAAUUACUAAACAUGGCUAAUUGUGUGAGGCGUGAAGCUCACUUCAUUUGAAUACUCUGGCUUGGGGGGGAUUUGCCUUGCGUAGGGGAAGAAUUAAGCAAGGAUAUCUGGAAAAGGGAAGAUCCGCAAUUAGAAACACAGGUCUCUGAGGAGUAAAAUUUUACCACGGAAUUGUUGUUCUGUGCUGUUAAUGUUGUACCUCACCGAAGUAUUGUUUUGUAUGAAAACUGAUUUUGUUCAAUUACAAACUGAAUUUAAAAUUUGGCUCCAUUCUUUAUUUUUAAACUUUUUGAUUAAAAGUCAUAAUAAUCUAAAUCUUAUUUAGGAAGUGAUUCAUUUGGAAGAUUUCUUAAGAAAGAGGCUUUUUGCAGUCUCCUUUUUAUACCUUGAAGAUUUUUUAAAUUGAAAUUAAAAUUUUUUAUUUUUUUAUUGAAAUUAGAUUGACUUAAGAGGAGGCAGAAUGAUCCAUUGGAACGCUCAAAAGUGCUAUACUGGGUCACAGUGUGUUUCUCUUCAUUAACUACAUCCUCCUGUAUGUGAUGUGUUGUUGUUUUCUUUUGCAAGUUCAUAAAAUCUGCAAAAUGUUGAAUCUCACAGUAUGUCCUUUGUGUGUGACUGUGUGUGUGUGUGUGUGUGUGUGUGUGGGGGAUUAAUUUAUCACUAAUUCAUCCAAAUAUAAUGGGCCUGAUUCUAAAGCGAGAAUCAGGUUUGGGUUUGGUUGUGGGGUUUAUUUUGGGGUAUGUUUAUGUGAGGAAUAACUUGAAGCAGUUUUUGUUGUCUCAUGUAGGAAAAUCAUGGGGAAUACAUAGAACAGCAGAAUAACUCAGUUAUUCCCAUCAAGUAAGAAGGUUUUUAGUCCUCAGUCUCCCAUGAGUCUGGCUCACACCUGCUGCCAAUAGUCACCUGCAAUGCUCUCCCCUCAUUUGUAUAACAUUUUAAACCCUUACAUGAACGCUCACAAAAUUGACGAUGAAUUGUUCAAACUAUUUCUUUGUAGUCCCGAUUUAGCUGGUCACAUGCAAACAUUUCAUGAAGUCUGAAAUCGCAAUAAUAAUCUAAUUUCUGUUCCAUUCACAAAUGCACAAACAUCCAUUAGUUCUACGUGAACAGACAUUCACUGUAUGUGAGAUGGCUCCUUGCACAGAUUGUAAGGUGCUAAAUUAAUCCGUGUCGGAAAGGUUGAGUGCACUGACUUUUUUAAUUAAUGUUGAAUUAAACGAAUUGGCAGUUUGCCAGACACCAGGCACACAGCUUUGAAGAUUGUCAUUGCAUAAUGAGUCGCUUUUUCUUCUCUUUAUAUUUUAUGCUUUUCUGUUUCCAGUCCCUCGCUCUCCGCUGCCAUUUGUCCGUAUACCUUAGCGAUUUAAUGAUAUGCAAAUGAAAUAUGCAUAAAACCAUCCUGCUGUAGGAUGAUUAAGCACAGAGGACAUUAGCCAGUGCCCGCCACAGUGUCUGUUGUCUCCUCUGCAUUCCGCUUCGGCCAGGCGCCAACAACGCCACUCUAAUAAAGAUCAAUGCUGCACUAAUCAUCUGAAUAACACAAAUAAUAUCCAAUUUGAGAGAAAUUAGAUUCCAGGAUGGUUUCUUCUCGCUCCAGUUUUGUAAGAUCCAGAACCAGGAAAGGCAUAUGUCUUCAUAUGUGAGAGUUGGUGCUCUAGAGAGCAGGCAGAGAGCAAAGAGACCAGGUUUUCCAAGAGGGAGCACUUGAACAUCACUGGCAAUGCAGGAGCUUUUCUCUGCUUGUUUGUGAGUACUGUGGCAUUAUUUGACUACUGGCAUAUAACGAAGGAAGAAAAAUAUCCCCGUUCUUGCUUUCCCUCUCUCUCUCUCACUCUCUCUCUCUCACACACACACACACACACUCCACCCCCCAUUCCAUUCUGCUCUCUCUUGCAAGCCCUCUUUUUUUGUAAUCCAUUUGUGUAAUGAAGACGCUGCACAAUUAACAUCCCCCAUGGAAUUAAUAUAAAAGGGCGAUUAUCCAAAGUUCAUUAUCUCCAAAAGAUUAGAAUAUCCACAUGUUUCGCCACGAUGAAUAUGGAAAAAAUACAGCACCAAUUACAAAUUACAUUGUUAAUCGUAUUUGUUGCGAUCACGAUUAUCACAUUUGAGAUGCCCAAAAAGAUGCCCUCUUUUAAGCGGUCCUUCCUCAGUAGUGGUACAACAAGAUUCAGACAUCUUGGUAGUGCCAAGGUUGGGUAGCAAGCACAAAGAUGUUAUAAUCCCUCCCUUUGGAUGACUUCCUUAAUUAUUAAUAUUGCACAACCAUGCCUCUUGUCCAAAGAUAUCCAGGAGAAAAAAAAUUAAAACAAUAAUUGUUGGAUGCCAGUGGAUGAAUAUCCUUCGUUGCUAAUUACUGUUUUAAUUCCGACUGUGCAUAUUAACAAUGAAAACGAACUUAAUGAAAGCCUCCGUUGUGUCUUUGCAGCGAUGCCCAUCCUUGGCUCCGUGCCCAAUGCCAGCAGACCUCGCGGGAACCACAGAAACGUUCCUCCGGACCCAGAGAGUACCCCGAACCCCCGCAACUCAAACCAGUUGCUGGACAUCCAGGAGCAAGGAUCUCUGUCGCUGCCUGAAUUGCAGGAAAGCCGCCUGGAUCUCUGGAGGAACAGUUACAUGCAGCAAUACCAAAAGCAGCUUCAGAGCAAGACUCAGCAGGCCCAGGAGCUCCAGAGUCAGCUGCAGUUAAAGGGGCGUCAGAUGGAGGCAGAGAAUGAAGCACUAAUGGAAUGUAAUCUGGAGUGGAGAGCUCAGAGUGCAGCACAGGGCAGACUGGCUACAGAAAGCACCCAGGUGGGGCACAGAUGUAAAGACCUGGAGGCUCAGCUGGGGCAAAGACCUACCUCGGUUAUACAGUACCAGGAUAUGACACAGGACACCAGGAGCAGGUCUGAAGAGAAGAUCAUGCCGCUACAUGCAGAGUUGUCCAACAUGGCUGUCUCAAUCAGCAGGUACAGUGCUCCCAACUGCUCAGACCUCAGCCAACAGAAUCAUACAGUGAUUUUACAAGGAGGCGAAGAGACAGAACAAAGAACAGAUUUCUGAGCUACAGGUGGAGAUAGACAGGCCAUAGAUGCUGCUGUAGGAUAAAUUGUAAGAGCUGCAAAGAAAGUGGGCCCUUAAAUGUCAGGACAGACCUGGUUGCAAUAGAUUAUGAAGUUGGACAAUCAUCUCAACACUCCAUCCUGCACACCCAACUUGACUCCCUGCACAGUCACUCCACCAUGCCCAGACGACCGCCACCCUCCACUUCAAUAUUUCAGUACUUUAUUUACUUCUACUUUAAAUUUCACUUGCACUCUCUGUGUCCUAAUAUUGAAAUAUUAAAGGAGGUAUUCUUGAGUAGGUCAAGUAACGAGAAUAGGCACUUUGUUUUGUUCAAGUUUUAGAUGCAGAGAAGAUGAGAGAGUACGUAAAAGGGUCAGUGUCGCUGGCUGUGCCACUCAUGAAAACAAGAAAAUAUCUUGUCAAGUUGAUUUGGAGUGAAAUAGCAGCAAAUGAAUCACUGAAAAGGCAAGGAGUGUGUCACAGUCAUAAACCACAUUCUCCCACUGAUAUGCCUCAGCUCACACCGACUUCUGUCGCCUUGAUACUCUCAAACAAGUCAGUUAAAAAGAAACCUGUUUAGUAAGGCCUCACCCUUCUGAAGUGGGAUGAGUGAAAGACCAGAUUGACUUUUCCAUAAUACGGAUUCUCUAAGCAACAGUCUUAAAUUCACCUCUUACACAUACAUAGAGUGAGUUCUCAGGAUUUUCUAACCUUUGAUGUUGACCUUCUUUGCUGCUGUUUGUAACUUUUCAUUUGUGUGAGGACAGAGGUAUAAAGGGACAUGACUUUGAUUGUCCUUAUUUAUGAAAAGUGAGCUUAUUCUCUUGUCAUGACCUAUCAGUAGAAAGGGAGAGGCUGAGAAAGAGGACUGCCCAUAUGCAUGGAAAAAGACAAGGAAAGGACUUUAAUAGGGGCUUAUACUGUGUCUAACUAUGAUCGCUAAGCUUAGGCCAGGAGUGGUUAAGGAGGUCUUCAGGCCCGCGCUAGUUUGCCUUGUGUGAGGUGUGUAACUGGAGGCAAGUGUUGAGCACUGAGAUGAUAUGUUUUUACAGCGCAGUCUUGCUGUGCUUUGGGAUGGCAAUAAACCACGGCCUUCAAAGCACAGCCAAGCGCCACUUACUGCUGAGUGCUUCUCUGGUGGUUGGACGAGAUUACUCUCAAAACAAAGUGCAGACAGGUUGAUUAAUAGAAGGGUCUGCAGAGGUGCGUGCCGCAGUAUAUUUUCACACCCAACGAAGACUCAUUCUCUUCAUUCGCAUGGACUUUUAUGGGAUGAUCCUGUCACUAUGUGAGUUUGUCACUUCAUAAAAACGGGCCCCCUCUUUGAGUGUCUUUUUUAGUGAAAACUUAUCAGAGCUGUUACAAACUUGUUGUUUUAAUGUCGAGGGAGUGCACUGUAACGAAAGGGCAACACAGUUUACAGACCAUAUUAGUCCAUAGCAAAAUUUGGGGAUGAAGAGACCUGGUUGUGCCUCGAAAAAUCUGCACCAUAAAUUCCAAGCAUCCUUGUACAAACUGAUAUGAAUGCAAAUGAGAUAAAUAAUACUCUGUUUUAACCUCUGACUGACCAAAGGGAUUACUGACUGAUGCUGUACUCUCCCUGACUGUCAU